AUGGGGAAGGACUGGCUCUUUGGCAAACCAAAUAUCUUCCUCCUUCUCCUCGUCUUCCUCCCUGGAAAUACCUCUCCCACUACAGAACCGCAAUACAUGGUGCUGCUGCCCUUUCUGAUACACACCGAUGCUCCUGAGAAAGUCUGUGUUCAGCUGACCCACCUGAACGAGUCUGUGACGCUGAGUGCCACGCUUGAGUAUCAAGGGGAAAACAGGAGCCUGAUUGAUGAUGUGAUGUCGGAGAAGGAUAUAUUCACCUGCAUCCCUUUCUCUGUCCCAAAAUCCAAUAGCACAUCAGUGGCAUUUCUCACUGUGAUGGUGAAGGGGGAGACCCUGCAGUUCAGAAGCCGCAAGUCAGUGCUGGUCAAGAAUUCUGAGAGUUUGGUCUUCGUCCAGACAGACAAACCCAUCUACAAGCCCGGACAGACAGUUCUAUUUCGGAUCGUCUCUCUGGACAAGGACUUCCGCCCACUGAAUGAGAAGUUUCCAUUUGUCUAUGUUCAGGAUCCACAGAGGAACCGUAUAUACCAAUGGCAAGGGGUGGAACUGGAGACCGGCCUUAAAGAGCUGUCCUUCCCUCUCACCUCUGACCCCAUGCAAGGCUCCUACAAAAUAGUCGUGCAGAAGAGCGUUACCUCCCAUGUGGAACACUCCUUCAGUGUGGAGGAAUAUGUGCUGCCCAAGUAUGAGGUCCUGGUGAAGCUGCCCAAGAUGAUCACUAUUGAGGAUAAGGAACUUCCAGUGUCUGUCUGUGGUUUGUACACUUAUGGGAAACCUGUCCCUGGUUUGGUGAAUGUCCAAGUGUGCCGGAAAUUUUCUCAUUCUGGUUCACAUUGUUAUGGAAAAGAUUCAGAAGCUGUGUGUGAAGAAUUUGUCAGGCAGGCAGAUGCUCGUGGGUGUGUUUCUGAUGUAGUAAGGACCAAGAUAUUUCAGCUCCAGCGCACGGGAUAUAAAAUGAACAUCGAGGUGCAAGGCAAGAUCACAGAAGAUGGCACAGGAAUAGAGAUGGUUGGAACAGGCUCCUGUGAAAUCACAUCCGUCAUGAGCAAAGUCAGCUUCCACCUGUUGGACUCUUAUUACAGACCAGGGAUCCCACUCUUUGGGAUGGUGAAGCUGGUGGAUGGUACUGGUGCUCCCAUUGCCAAUGAAACUAUCAGAGUUUCUGUGAAUGGAGAGAGUUACAAAGGCAACUACACUACAGAUGAGCAGGGACAAUCCUGGUUUUCCAUUGAUACUACCACUUUCACGGAAGCCUCCCUGGAAAUCCAAGCUGAACAUAAACCUGAACUGAACUGUUAUGACAGCGACUGGAUCACGCCUUCAUAUGAGCAUGCCUUGCAUAGCAUAAGUCGGUUUUACUCCCCUAGUAACAGCUUCCUCAAAAUUGAGCCCAAGUCUGAGACAUUAAGUUGUGGCUUCCCCACAGAGAUCCGUGUGCACUAUGUCUUCACACCAGAUGUUAUUGGAGAGCAGAGGAAAAUUGUCAUUUACUAUUUGGUGAUGGCCAAGGGAAGCAUUAUGUUAGCAGACACUCAUGAUCUGACUGUGAAUCCUGGAGAUGCUUACGGGAUAUUUCAGUUGACCUUACCUGUUGAGGCAACCUUUGCUCCCAAGGCACGGAUGCUUGUGUAUACCACUUCACCCAGUGGGGAAGUCAUCGCCAGUUCAGCAGAUUUCCAGGUUGAAAGUUGCCUCCCCAGUAAAGUCAGCUUGAGUUUUGUUCCCAAGGAGGGUCUUCCUGCCUCCAACACACGUCUGCAACUCCAUAGCUCACCAAGGUCCCUGUGUGCCAUCCGUGCCGUGGACAAAAGCGUUCUCCUCAUGAAGCCUGAAGAUGAGCUCUCUCACAGAUCUUUGUAUGAUCUUCUCCCGGAAGAAAUGAAGGAAAUCCAGGGCUACAGGUUCAAGGACUACUACUUGGAAGAAGACAACGUAAACCCCUGUGUGUCACUUGACAACAUAUUAUUAAAUGGAUUCAUCUACGUACCCAUUUCUCCUGAUGGCAAAGGUGAUGCUUAUGACGUUCUCAAACUGUUGGGCUUAAAAGUCUUCACUAGCAGCAAGAUCCAUAAGCCUGAAGUCUGCCCGCGUUACACAGUACACAUGAUGGAAAGGAAUUACAUGGUUUCUAUCAGUCCAGCGCAGCAUCUUUAUGAUUCAGACUAUGCAAUGAUGGAAGAGAUGGAUGCUGGCCAUCCUGUGGAGACCAUCCGGAAAUACUUCCCUGAGACAUGGAUCUGGGACAUAGUUUCAGUAAACUCUGAAGGAAAUGCUGAACUAGAUGUGACCAUCCCUGACACCAUCACCGAGUGGAAAGCCAAUGCAUUCUGCACUUCAUCAGACACAGGCUUUGGCCUAUCCCCAACAGUGUCCCUCAGAGCCUUCCAGCCCUUCUUUGUAGAGCUCACCCUGCCUUACUCUGUAGUGCGUGGCGAGGCCUUCACGCUGAAAGCCACAAUUUUCAACUACCUAACAGCCUGCAUCAGGGUCAGCGUGUCUCUAGCUAAAUCUACUCAUUUCCUGGCUGCUCCAGUAGAGAAGGAGGAAGAAUCGUACUGCAUCUGCCUGAAUGAAAGGAAAACUGUGGCUUGGGCAGUAACACCAAAAUCUCUAGGGCAGGUGGAGUUCUCGGUGAGUGCUGAGGCCCUGCAAAACCAGCAGCCCUGUGGGAACGCCAUAGUGGAGACCCCUGAGAAAGGACGGAAGGACACAGUCAUCAGACAGCUGCUGGUGGAGCCAGAAGGGAUGGAGGUGGAAACUACGUAUAACUCUGUGAUCUGUGCAUCUGAAAAAUCAAUGUCAGAGACAGUUGCUCUAGUUCUCCCGGAGAAUGUGGUGGAUGGUUCAGCCAGAGCAUAUUUCUCAGUGCUAGGUGACAUCAUGGGCACUUCCAUGCAGAACCUGCACCAGCUCCUCCAGAUGCCAUUUGGCUGCGGGGAACAGAACAUGGUCCUGUUUGCACCCAACAUCUAUGUCCUGGACUAUCUGAACAAGACAGGGCAACUGAGUGAGGAGAUCAAAUCCAAGGCCAUUGGAUACUUAGUGAGCGGGUAUCAAAGGCAAUUGAACUAUAAACACUGGGAUGGUUCUUAUAGCACCUUUGGGCCCCAAUAUGGGCAGGUUGGGAAUACCUGGCUCACAGCCUUUGUCCUCAAGUCCUUUGCCCAGGCCCGGCCAUACAUCUUCAUAUAUGAGAAGCACAUCCAGGAUGCUUUGAUCUGGCUCACUCAAAAGCAGAAGCAGAAUGGUUGCUUCCGCAGUUCUGGGACACUCCUGAAUAAUGCCAUGAAGGGUGGAGUGGACAAUGAGGUCUCACUGACGGCCUACAUCACUAUUGCAUUGCUGGAGAUUCCUCUGCCUGUAACUUACUCGGUGGUGCGUAAUGCUCUCUUCUGCCUGGAAACGGCAGCAAAUGGGAAAGAAAACCACGUGUACACCAAGGCACUGCUGGCAUACGCCUUUGCUCUGGCAGGAAUGGAGGAGAAGCGGAAGGCGUUGCUUGGCUCACUUGAAAAGGAAGCGGUGAAAAAGGAUGGGUCUGUUCACUGGCAGCGGCCUGGGAAAGAGAUGGUGGCUGAUCUCCCCUACUAUCGCUACCGAGCUCCCUCUGCUGAAGUGGAGAUGACGGCCUAUGUGCUCCUUGCUCACCUCACCACACAGCCGGCACCUUCCCGGGAGGAGCUGUCGUUUGCAUCUCUUAUUGCAAAGUGGAUCAGCGGUCAGCAGAAUCCCAAUGGAGGCUUCUCCUCCACCCAGGACACAGUGGUGGCUCUGCAAGCCCUGUCUCUGUACGGAGCUGUCACCUACGCCAAGAGUGGAGCAGCUUCCCAAGUGACCCUGAGAUCUGGAGGGGACUUCCAGCAGGACUUCCAAGUGGACCCCUCAAACCGGCUGCUGCUCCAGCGCGUGUCCCUGCCCCAGGUGCCAGGGGAGUACAGCGCAGAGGUGUCUGGUGAAGGAUGUGUCUACCUGCAGACGAGCCUGAGGUACAACGUGCAGCCCACGCAGGAGAAUGCGCCCUUCACGCUCCAUGUGUACACCAUCCCAGAGACAUGUGAGGACUCCCGGACUCCCAAGGUCUUUGACAUAGGCAUAAACGUCAGUUACACAGGCGAGCGCAACGUCUCCAACAUGGUGAUUGUUGAUGUGAAAAUGCUGUCGGGAUUCAUCCCUGUCAAGUCCUCAGUAAGAAAGCUCUCAAGCAUUCGGCCUCUCCAAAUCCAGCGAACAGAAGUCAGCUCAAACCACGUUCUGGUGUAUGUAGAGAAGCCCUCAGCAGGUUUUCUCUCCGUGCCUGCACACAGAUCAGCCCACACCUGCCCACCAGCCACCGGCUCCCCCAGUGUGGGGAAAGGCCCCAGGGUUUCCCCUUGCCCCUCAGCCAGGCCACACACACCCCCAGGGCCCAGGGCACUGGUGGCAGGGAGAGCACUCGUGGAAGGAGGCCAGUGA